CUGGAAAUCCCCGGGAAUGCCCUACGGUCUUUUCGGGGGUUGCCCAGGCGUGUUCCACGACUUAGAAGACAGCGAGCCCCCUGCCAAAAGCCCGAAGGAUUCGGCCCCGCUCUCGGCGCGGGGAUAACGGCAGAGCGGGGCCAUUAUCGGCCUCUCGAGACCUACCCGGGACUCGGUGAUUUUCCUCGCGCGUUGAUAUAUAUUGACGGAGAGAUUUGAUAGACUCAGACAGUUUCCGUCAUCAAGUUCUAAUUCGAAGAAACCUCUCACACGCGCAUCGCAGUGAUCCAAAUUCAUCACCUCAACCGCAGAUUCAAUCAUGAGUGACCUCUCCGAGACUUUCACCACGCUAGCAUCUCAGCUUUCGCAGCUGGCGACUUCGACCUCAAGCGAUGAUGAAAAAAACAACGCCGCCGUUGACAUUGCAACAAAGAUCCUCACGGCAACUCGAGGACCGAUACCAGACUGGAUGGACCGGAUGAUUAACGUCAUGGAACUGACUGGACUGAAGGUGCUACUUGACUGGAACGCCCUGGAUAUGAUACCGUCGGAAGGCUCUAUCACAUAUGCUGACUUGGCCCAAAGGCUGUCCGCGGAUGAGCCUUUACUUCGACGGCUAGCAUGGGUUCUUGUUUCUAGUGGUAUGCUACGUCAAGUUGGUAAAGACAAAAUUGCGCAUACAGAAAAAUCUCGCCAAUAUCUUCCCGGGACGCCUGAUGAGCUCUUGCUGCACAUGAUGUUUGAGGAGCAUGUUAUGACGGCUCUGAAGCUACCCGAGUACUUUGAACAGUACGGCCGCCGGGAGCCGGCCACUCGCCGGCACACUCCCUAUGCCUUUUCACGCGGUCAGCCAGAAAAAGAGAUUUGGGAGAUUCACCAAGAGAACCCUGCGCAGGUAAAGAGGUUUAUGGGAGUAAUGGAGACAGUGCAGUCAUUCAUCCCUCUAGUUGGAAUCUACGACUUUGGCUGGGUGGAGACGAAGCUGUCUGAGCAGCACGACAGGCCGCUCCUUGUGGAUGUGGGUGGCAGCAAGGGCCAUGCUAUCAAGGCCAUUAUGAAGGAGAACCCUUUCAUUCCAGCCGAUCGCAUCACUCUACAGGACAGAGAUGAGGUGAUUCAACAGGUUGUCGAACUCAAAGAUUCAGGGCUCGAUGGCGUACACCUUCAGGUACACGAUUUCCACAAAGCGCAACCUGUCAAAAACGCACUGAUUUAUUGGAUCCGGCGAUGUCUGCACGACUAUGGAGACGACGACUGUGCCACGAUGCUCACGCAGCUAUCGGAUGCCAUGAGUUCGGACAGCAAGGUACUCAUCGUCGAGUACGUCCUUCCGAGCCCUCCCCCGCCCAUUGGCGCCAUGACAGACUUCAGCAUGCUCGGAAUUGGAGGAAAAGAACGGACAGCCAAUGACUGGGAGAUGCUUGUUGCUAGGUCUGGGCUUAAGAUUGAGAAGAUUCAUGGCCUAGACAUGAAGAUGCAGGUCAUUGAAUGUGUCAAGGCCUGAUUUGGAUAGGAAUGAGCGCCAUGGCCUUUGUUGAUAAACUACCGUAGAUUAGUUCUUGAUGUCGUGAUUUGAUAAAUGAUCACUACUUGGGUACUGAAUUUCGAGG